UGGCGUCGAAGGCGCGAAGAAGUUGUUGUUCACUGUUUACGCUUGCACCAAAUUAGGAUGUUGAAUUGUGAAUUUUGUCCUAUGUAAGGAGCAACAGUUUGGUCCACCCCUUUCAACAUGUAGGGGCUCUUCUUCUGUCCUUAUCAGUGUGCACCGGAACUAGUUGCAGCGGGUAUUCACAUGAAUAUGUCGAAGAACCAAAGCCUGUGUGUGGCCUAUCUUGAAGAAAUAAACAGAAGGUUUUGAAACUUCAGGAAAUAUGAGGCUCAACUGUACGGUUGAACGCCGUGACAGGCAAUUUCCGACUCUUGCUGUGAAAGGGAAGCGUCCCACAGCGUCAGUUUUAAGUAUUGGACUUAAAACGAAUAAGGGAGAAGUAGCUAUAAUCCAUCAUUCAAUCACAACCAAAGAGAACACUAGUUAUAAUGUGAAAGGAAAUAUCCUCAAAGUCCAUUCCAAGUUUAUUGAGGAGGGCAAAACGACGAUCAGUUUUGCACAGCCUCCCCAUGACCUCAUGAUUAAAGCCAAUGAUGUAAUUCAAUUAAAGUCUUUCCUUGGAAGCAUUCGUUCAGUUUUACAGGGAAAAGAAUUAUCCAAAGGUGGUGGUGGCUUGUCAAGUCUGAAUGCUCCGGUCAAAGUACACAGACCGAAAACUACUUUGGUUAUUACAAGCGGAGGUCAAUAUCCGGUUCUUGAAGGAUUUCCACGGACCCUGGUCCAUCUUCAGAUCAAUGGUCUUGAGCGUGCAACUUUUGACAGCAGAAUCCUGAAACUCAAUCUUCUGAAAACCCUUGAUUUAAGUAACAACAAAUUGAAAAUUUUACCUCGCGGUUUGGGUGAUCUUCCCAAUUUAUCUGAACUUCUCUUAGCAAAUAAUGAUCUUGGAUCAGCAGCCAGACAGCGUGGAGCUUGGGACUGGCUCCGCGGUCCUCAGCUGUCAAAGGGUUUGCAGUUAUUGGAUCUACGCAGCAAUGAUAUACCAGCUUUGCCAAGCUUUAUCAGAGACUGCGUUGGGCUGACCACCUUGAAACUGGAUAAAAACCAACUAACAAUUUUGCCUAGUGGGAUUGGUAAAAUGUCAUCAUUGAGAGAGUUAUAUGCAUCUCAAAAUAACCUGAGGUUUUUGCCGGGAUCAAUGAAAAUGAUGGCGCCUCCUCUCACCCAUCUUGAUGUGUCAAACAACCCUUUUACAGGGGAAUGCAUCACUACUCAAAUGAUCACCAUGAAACCUCUCAGCCUUAAAGAGCUAGCCGCAAGAUGUGUCAUUGCAAAAAAAAUAUUUGUCAGUGAGGCCAUUAUUCCUUUAACAGUUUUACAAUUUAUGCAUGGGUGUGACUUUUGUGCCUGUGGAAGUGCCUGUUUUAACCCAGCCUACAGUAAGAUUGUUUAUAGUUGCAUAGGAAAAAUUGCAUCCUCUUACACUGUAUCCAUUGGUGAAAGCACACACAAGCCCUUUAGAAUGAGUAUUUGCUCUGAUCGUUGUAUUCGUAACAAAUUCGCAGAUCAAUUGGCUUCUUGACCAUUAAGUUCGAUGUAUGCCUGCCCUUGGUAUGCCCUUUAAUUUGGCAGGAAACGUACAUCAAUGAUGGCCUAGCUCUUAUCUUUUUGAUAGAUGUACAUACUGUAUUUCAAAAGUACGUAUCAUGAUUGGACUGAUUUUAGUGUUUUAUUGUUAGUGUACUAGUGCUGUAUAUUUUUUUAUCAAUGCUCAUGACUGUUGACUAGGAACUUUCUAGUUUUGUGGAUUAUGGGAACUAUUUUUUCAUAAUCGUUAUCUCCCUCAUUUGAAUGAGCCCUUUUGUACAAAUCACAAAUAAAAACAGUACCAAUGUGCUCUGCUGGGUGUAAUCUUGAUCUUAAGUAAUAAUAUAUAUUAUUGGUAUGUGAUAUUGAGGUCCUAGUAUGUGACUUGACUUAAUAAAAUCUACAAAUCAAAAAUAA